CUCGCUAGCUCACAAAAUAUGUGCCACUGUCUUGGUACUGAGAAUAUAGUAGAAUGUCAAGUACAGCUUAUAAUCGACUACCUGGGGACGAGGAGACGGCUCUUGCGUUCGAACACUCUGACUUACAGGCGACAGAAGAUCCACACAAACUCACAAGCGGUGUGCCGCGAAAUCGCAUGCCAGAUAGAUCACUCCUCCACUUGUUUGGACUGAACUCGUUCGCUUUUGCAUACGGAUUAUUGAUCUCUACUUUCGGGCUUGUUACGCUACCCACAGAGUCCCAGCGUAUGUAUCCCAAGAAACAUGCGAUCAUGUUAGCUGUAUUCUUGGGUGUUUGCGGUAUUUCUCAAUUAUCUGGACCAGUGGCAGGAUUCUUUAGUGAUAGAUGUACGCAUUCACUAGGUAGAAGGCGGCCGUUCAUGUUAUACGGCGGUUUAGUAGGUAUUCCCUCCCUGUUUAUGCUCAGAUGGGCUAGCAUGGAGUUAAAUCUAUACAUGUACGUAUUCUUCUUCAUGACGGCCAUGUUGGCUUUGAACGUUAUGUAUGUGGCGUAUUCUGGAGCUCUCACAGAUCUAGUCAAUGAUUCCCAACGUGGUGUUGCCAAUGGACUGAUGGGCGCGUUCACCGUCAUGGGUGCCAGUUUUGGCUUCGGCUGUUUUUCCUACUUCCUGGAUGUGCAGUCGGGAUACAUUUUCUACAUAGUGGUGGUCAGCGUAGCCGUAGUAGCGUCCCUUGUCUCAUACGUAGAGACGCCCCUGACAGCCACUACAGAGUGGGCUUGGGCUGAGAUCGGUGAAUGUUACUUUGUUUCUCCUACAGACCACAGAGACUUCUACCUCGUGUUCGUAUCCCGCACCUUGUACUACAUGGGCAUCUCGGUGCAAACGUUCAUGUUGUUCUACUUCCGCGACAUCAUUGCGUCCAAGGAUCCUCAGGCGGAUGUGUCGUACCUCGCACUGUGUGGCCAGUUGACGGGUGCGAUUGUCUGUGUGCCUAUGGGCAUGCUUUCAGACAGAGUUGGCAGAAAGAGUCUCAUAUACCUCAGCUCAUUCAUCAUCGUUCUAGCGUACAUCGGCUUCAUGUUCACCCGAGAUCUUAUGUCGAUCCUUAUCGUCGCUGCUGUAUACGGUAUUGGAAACGGAACCUAUCUCUCGGUAGACUAUGCCCUCGCCUGUGACACUCUCCCCUCAAAGGAGAGUGCGGCGCGAUAUCUGGGUGUGUGGGGUGUGGGUGCGUUCAUCGGAACGCUACUGGGUCCGAUGCUCAUUGGUCCUGCACUUCUGUUCUUUGGAGACAAUGGCCGUGUGGACGAGCACGGAGUGCCUAUGUACGACAUUGGCGGGUACAUAGCAAUUCUGAUAAUCGGGUCGACUUGUAUGAUUGCGGGUGCUGCGGUGAUAGUUCCUAUUAGAUCGGCGAGAUGAUAAUAAUUUAAAAGUACUGCUACUUUAUUAGGGUAAUCGGUAGGGCAACUGUGGUCGAUAUAUAUCCAUGGUGGUAUAAAGCGCGUGUGAUAUGCAUUUGCCCCGACAGGCCAGCUUCGUAUGCAUAUUGUAAGACAUAAGAUCUGCUUUAUGUCUUUAAAGGCUCGACACAAUAACCCGAAUUGAAUGGGGAUGAGUGUGCCAUAUUGGUUUAUCUGUGACGCAAACUCACAACAGAUUGCCUCGAUUCCAUAAAUAAUUCGAAGGUGAUGAAACUAAUCUACACUGCCGGCAGGCUGCGAGCGAGACAUAUCAGAUACGACCUAGCAAUUCGUUAUAAGUUGCGGACUUGCAGAUUCUAUGCCAGAGUCAUAAAGUCAUACAUAAUUAAUCGUGCGUAGACGGGGUGUAUCGCUAUCGUACAAAUAAAUCUAAAAGAUUAAGAACAGGUAAAUAUAUAAGUCGAAUAAAAU